CCGCCUCGGGUGUUCAAUUUUCAGUCGCAAGUCUUGCUCGUGUUCCACGACUGGAACUUCCUCGGGCCAUGUUCCCGGCCGUUCCUUCUCCGCGGACCCCGGGUCCUGGGUCCCGAAGGGGCCUGCUGGCUGGAGUUGGGGCGGGUUCCACGCCCCGAACGGCCAGCCGGCGGGGUCUGUCUCUGGGCUCUGCGGUCAGCUCUCCCGCUCUCUUCUCUCCCGUAGGCCGGCGGAGCUCGCUGAGCUCGCGAGGAACACCUACACGAAUAUUCCCACAGCACUCUAUAUCUGAGACUGUGAACUACGAUGUCAAGACAUUUGGAUCUUCUCUCCCUGUCAAAGUCAUGGAAGCCCUAACGUUGGCUGAAGUUGAUGAUCAGCUGAGUGUUCAUGUUGAUGAAGGUGGAUGGGCUUGUCUGGUCUGCAAAGAGAAACUGAUUAUUUGGAAGAUUUCUCUGUCACCUAUUACUAAGUUAUCUAUUUGCAAAGAACUGCAGCUGCCACCUAGUGAUUUCAACUGGAGCGCAGACUUGGUGGCUCUGUCUUCUUCUGCCACCCCCGGGGAAGCACAUUCUACUCAGGCUGUUGCUGUCAUGGUUGCCACCAGAGAAGGAUCCAUCCGUUAUUGGCCAAGCCUGGCUGGGGAAGACACCUACACAGAGACUGUUGUAGAUUUGGGAGGUGAUAAGACUUACAAUUUCCUAAAAGCAGUGCAGGGAGGAAGUUUUAUUUUGUCCUCAUCGGGAAGCCAACUAAUUCGGUUGAUCCCUGAAAGCUCAGGAAAGAUUCAUCAGCAUAUUCUGCCUCAGGGGCAAGGCAUGCUCUCAGGCAUUGGGCGAAGAGUUUCUUCUCUCUUUGGAAUUUUGUCUCCUAGUAGUGAUCUCAUACUUUCCAGUGUUCUUUGGGAUAGAGAGAAGUCAAGUUUUUAUAGCCUGACAAGUUCAAAUAUCAGUAAAUGGGAAUUAGAUGAUUUUUCAGAAAAACAAGCACAUAGCUGGGAUAUAAAUAGAGCCCUGAAGGAGAACAUUACUGAUGCUAUUUGGGGAUCUGAAAGUAACUAUGAAGCUAUUAAAGAAGGGGUCAACAUUCGGUACUUGGACUUAAAGCAAACCUGUGAUGGGCUCCUGAUUUUGGCAGCAGCGUGGCACCCGGCAGACAGUCCCUGUCUCAUCUACUACUCUCUUGUAACAGUAGAAGAUAAUGGCUACCAAAUGUCAGAUGUGGUGACUGUGGAAGUCACUCAAUAUAAUCCACCUUUUCAGUCUGAAGACAUGAUUAUGUGUCGGUUGGUGGUUCCCAACUUUUCAAACCAGACUGCGUAUCUCUACACUGAAAGUGCUGUCUAUGUGUGCUCCACAGGAACUGGGAAAUUUUCUCUUCCUCGGGAGAAAAUUACCUUUAAUACGCAAGGAGAUAGUAUUUUAGGUGCUGGUUCCUGUGGUGGUGUUCCUAUCAUUUUUUCUAGAAAUAGUGGUCUGGUGUCUAUUACUUCAAGAGAAAAUGUGUCCAUAUUAGCAGAAGAUCUGGAAGAUUCUUUAGCUUCUUCAGUUGCUGCUCCAAGCAAUGAGAGUAUGAUUUUUGAGAACACUGCAAGGAAUGAAACCAUAGCACAGGAAGAUAAAACCAAGUUGCUAAAAGCUGCCUUUCUGCAAUAUUGCAGAAAAGAUUUAGGUCAUGCUCAGAUGAUGGUUGAUGAGCUGUUUUCCUCUCGCUCUGAUCUGGGUUCUGAUUGUGAACUAGACAAGGCUGUUACCCAAAUCAGCAUAGACCUGAUGGAUGACUAUCCAGCUUCUGACCCACGGUGGGCUGAAUCUGUCCCAGAAGAAGCACCUGGGUUCAGCAAUACAUCACUGAUUAUUCUUCACCAGCUGGAAGAUAAGAUGAAAGCCCAUUCUUUCCUUAUGGACUUCAUUCAUCAAGUUGGCUUAUUUGGACGUCUGCGCACUUAUCCAGUGAGAGGGAUGCCAAUGGCCACGCGACUGUUGCUUUGUGAGCAUGCUGAAAAGCUGUCUGCUGCCAUUGUUCUCAAGAACCACCACUCUCGCCUUUCCAACCUCGUGAACACAGCCAUCUCCCUUGCUUUGAACAAGAGGGAACGUGAGAUUCCAUCCAGCCUAACUGCUGCCGACAUCUUUUUUAGAGAGGUGUCCCAAGUAGAUACUAUCUGUGAGUGUUUACUGGAGCACGAGGAGCAAGUCUUGAAGGACGCAGCACUGGAUUCUGUCGAAUGGGCUGAAGUGGUGAUCAGUGUGAACAAUAUUCUUAAGGAUAUGUUGCAGGCUGCUAAUCAUUAUCGCCAAAAUAGAAACUGCUUGUAUAGGAGAGAAGAAGCACUAGAAAAAGAACCUGAAUAUGUUCCUUGGACAGCAACCAGUGGUCCUGCUGGCAUCCGAACAGUAAUAAUACGUCAACAUGGAAUUGUCCUGAAAAUGGUAUAUCCCCAGGCAGACAGCAACCUGCGAAACGUCGUGACAGAGCAGCUGGUGGCACUGAUUGAUUGUUUCCUGGAUGGUUAUGUUUCUCAGCUGAAAUCUCUGGAGAAAUCCGGUGAUCAAGAAAGAUACUCUAAUCUGGAAGUGGAAUACCUACAGAAAAGAUCAGAUCUCUUAACGCCUCUUCUCACUCUAGGCCAGUACCCAUGGGCUGCUUCUCUAGCAGAGAAGUACUGUGACUUUGACAUCUUGGUGCAAAUGUGUGAGCAGACUGACAACCAGACCAGACUCCAGCGCUAUAUGACCCAGUUUGCUGACCAGAAUUUUUCAGAUUUUCUCUUCCGUUGGUAUCUGGAGAAAGGAAAACGAGGCAAAUUAUUGUCUCAGCCCAUUUCUCAGCAUGGACAGUUGGCGAAUUUUUUGCAAGCUCAUGAACAUCUCAGCUGGUUACAUGAAAUUAAUGGUCAAGAAUUAGAAAAGGCUCAUGCAACACUUCUAGGUUUGGCAAAUAUGGAAACUCGUUAUUUUGCAAAGAAGAAAACUCUACUUGGCUUGAGUAAAUUGGCUGCACUAGCUUCAGAUUUUUCAGAGGAUAUACUGCAAGAAAAAAUUGAAGAAAUGGCUGAGCAGGAGCGCUUUCUACUGCACCAGGAGACCCUACCUGAACAGCUUCUAGCAGAGAAACAGCUGAAUCUCAGUGCCAUGCCCGUGUUGACUGCACCACAACUCAUUGGCCUAUAUAUCUGUGAAGAAAACAGAAGAGCUAAUGAAUAUGACUUCAAGAAAGCUUUAGACUUGCUGGAAUACAUUGAUGAGGAGGAAGAUGUAAAUAUAAAUGAUCUAAAACUGGAAAUCCUUUGCAAAGCUCUUCAGAGAGAUAAUUGGUCCAGUUCUGAUGGUAAAGAUGAUCCAAUUGAAGUGUCUAAAGACAGCAUAUUUGUGAAAAUCUUACAGAAACUCUUAAAAGAUGAUUUCUGGCCAGUGGUUAAGAUGCUGAUGAAGAUAAUACCUGUCACAAAUUGUGAUGCCUGGGUUUGAUUCCCAGUUUCCAGCUUCAGCUUCCCACCAGUGCAGACCCUGGGAGGUAACAGAUGGAUGACUCAGGCAGUUAGGUCCCUGCCACCCAUGUGGGAUACCGGGAUUGUGUUCCUGGCUUCAACUUGGCCUAACUCUGGCCAUUGUGGGCACAUUUCGGGAGUAAACUGAUUGGUGGCAGCGCUCGCUCAUUCUCUCUCUCUCUCUCUUUCUGUGUCUUAAGAAGAAGUAAGCUCUUUCUCUCUU